GAUCCUCCCGGCUAGCUGAAAUACCGAGGCAGCGUAUCCAUAGCUACGCAUACUGUAUUCGAGGGUAGAAUUUGUUUCCUGCCGACUACCUUCCUGUAGCCUAGCUCCGCUCGCGGGAGAAAACCGAUUGUAGCUCAGCCAUGGCCAGAGAGCGACUCAGAUCAAUUUACUCCUUCAAGAGCAGGACACUUAUCUUUUUAUCCCUUCUCCUGCUCAACCCUGCAUUUUCCCAGAAGGCCACUGGAUUUGGUGACUCCAGGCGGAGAAACAUGAAGGCGAAAGUCCGGCAGAUGGAUAUUAGAUGUGUUGGAGGAGACAACUUCAGAUAUUGUUCUCAAAGACGACCUUUAUUGAGAAGGUUUUAUCAUGCAUAUGAAAAUUACAUGGCCUAUGCAUUUCCGCAUGAUGAGCUAAAGCCUCUGACGAGCACUUUCACGGAUUCUCUCAGCGAACUUGGAAAUCUUAAGCUUGAACAUCUGCCUCAGAACUACCAGGGAUCAGCCCUGACUCUUAUUGAAGCACUUUCAAGUCUUGUUGUCUUAGGUAACAAUACAGAGUUUGAGAAAGGAGUUCUUUGGCUUUCUGAGCAUCUCUCCUUUGAUGUGGAUGCUCGAGUGAACUUGUUCGAGUGUAACAUACGAGUUCUUGGGGGGCUUUUGUCUGCUCAUAUACUAGCAACUGACUCUAAAAACAGGUUAGAGAGGGGAAUAUAUCAGAAUGAGCUGCUUGGCAUUGCUGAAGAUUUAGGAAGACGGUUUUUGCUGGCCUUUGAUACCCCUACUGGCUUGCCAUAUGCAUGGGUAAAUCUGAAGCACGGAGUCAUGGAAAAUGAGACAACUGAAACAAGCACAUCAGGAUGUGGUUCUCUUAUUCUUGAAAUGGGAACGCUAUCACGGUUAACCGGUAAUUCUCAGUAUGAAAAUGCAGCACGUCAUGCUCUUCAAAAGUUAUGGAGUAUGAGAAGUUCCUUGAAUCUUUUGGGAACUACUCUUGAUGUAAUUACUGGAGAGUGGAUUGAAUAUUCCACUGGCAUUGGGGCUGGUGUUGAUUCAUUCUACGAAUAUUUGCUGAAGGCCUACAUUCUUUUUGGAAGUGAUGAAUUCUGGGAUAUGUUCCAUUCAGUUUAUCUUGCCGUCCAAAGAUAUUUCCGUCAUGGUCCAUGGUACCAUGAAGCUGACAUGCGGACUGGGAGAGCUACCUACUGGCAACUUACAAGCCUCCAAGCAUUUUGGCCUGGUCUUCAGAUUCUUGUCGGAGAUGUAGCUGCAGCAAAUGCAUCACAUCGUGAAUUUUAUCAUGUUUGGAAACGUUUUGGUGUUUUGCCAGAAAGGUAUCUUUUGGAUCGGAAUGUGCUGCAUCCAACAGAGAAAUAUUAUCCAUUGCGCCCUGAACUAGCUGAAUCGACUUUCUACCUUUAUCAGGCAACUAAAGAUCCAUGGUAUAUGGAAGUUGGUGAAUCAAUUAUUAGCUCGCUCAAUCGCUAUGCCAAAGUUACUGGUGGUUUUGCUAGUAUUAGAGAUGUUACAACAAUGCAGCAGGAAGAUCAUCAGCACAGUUUCUUUCUUUCUGAAACAUGUAAAUACCUCUAUCUUCUUUAUGAUGACACAUUUUUAGCUGGCCAAAAUUAUAUAUUUACUACUGAGGGUCAUCCACUUCCCAUAAGAAGCUCAUGGCAUGAAAAACUACCUGAAUAUUAUAUUCCACGUAACUGGACAAGAGUUAAGAGUGAAGAUGAUGUGCUUCCUUUGAGCUCCAUGUCGCAGCAAGUUUGUCCAGUAACUUUCCUUGAAAAUACCGGCCGUCAGAUUGAGAGUGCUUGCCAUAUUCAUGAUAACCGAGCUGAUCAUAGGUGCAGGAGUGAUGAUGAAUGUGGUAUUGAUUCAACAACUUGUAGACGAAGAACGUGCAGUCUUGCAGGCUAUUGUGGCCUGUGGGUGUUCAUUGAUUAAUCGUAAUUACUGCAGAACACAGAAAAAGUCUUCUCCCGCUGGAAUAAUGAAAUCUUAAGAUGAUAUUCAGCCAAAUUACUGUACAUCAAAGAAACAAAACAGAUGAGUCUUGUAAAAUUUUUUUUUUUCUUGAAAUUUUUAUAGGAAAUGGAUUGAGUUAUUUGUCCUUCAGAGGGUAUAAUAAACAGCAUCAAUGCUCACAGUAUAGAAUAGUAUUUGUACUCUGUUAAGUAUCCAUAA